GCAGCGCAGCAUGAGCUUCCUUUUCACAGUGCAGCGGGAGCAGUAUCGGAGUCUGAAGACUUCUGUCUCCCAACCUAAAGGAGAACAAACGAUCACAAAAUGGGCUUCGUUAAGGUGGUUAAGAACAAGGCGUAUUUCAGGAGAUACCAGGUCAAGUUCAGGAGGAGGAGAGAGGGAAAAACUGACUACUUUGCCCGCAAGCGCCUUGUCAUUCAAGACAAGAACAAGUACAACACACCGAAGUACAGGAUGAUUGUUCGACUCUCCAACAGGGAUAUUGUUUGCCAGAUCGCAUAUGCCAAAAUUGAAGGCGACGCGAUCGUCUGCGCUGCUUACUCUCACGAGUUGCCAAAGUAUGGCAUUGCUGUUGGACUGACGAACUACGCUGCUGCCUACUGCACCGGUUUACUGUGUGCACGCAGGCUGCUGAAUAAGUUUGGUCUGGAUAAGGUCUACGAAGGCCAGGUUGAGGUGACUGGCGAUGAAUUUAAUGUGGAAAGCAUUGAUGGCCAGCCAGGGGCGUUUACAUGCUACCUGGAUGCUGGACUCGCCAGAACCACCACAGGGAAUAAGGUGUUUGGAGCUCUCAAAGGAGCAGUUGAUGGAGGACUGUCCAUUCCUCACAGCACUAAACGGUUCCCAGGCUACGACAAUGAAAGUAAGGAGUUCAACGCGGAGGUGCACAGGAAGCACAUCAUAGGCCAGAAUGUGUCAGAGUACAUGAGCUAUCUGAUGGAGGAGGACGAGGACCAGUACAAGAAGCAGUUCUCCCGCUUCAUCAAGAACGGCAUCACACCCGACUCUGUUGAAGAGAUGUACAAAAAGGCCCAUGCUUCCAUCCGUGAGAACCCAGUUCAUGAGAAGAAGCCCAAGAGAGAAAUCAAGAAGAAGAGGUGGAACCGUGCCAAGCUGACUCUGGCCCAGAGGAAGGACCGUGUGGCCCAGAAAAAGGCCAGCUUCCUCAGGGCUCAGGACGCUGCUGCAGAUGACUAAAGAGAUGAAGUGUCAACUGCUCCAAAGAAAGUGUGUACCUUAUCCAAAUAAAUCAUUUGGAAAGAA